AUGAAGAUAUCAUCAGUAGGUUGGGUCUUUGUCCUUAUCUUCAUCUCUAUUACCAUUGUUUCGAGUCAACCACCUAAACCUAAGCCUGCACCAACACCAGCACCUGCACCUCCUAAACCUAAGCCUGCACCGGCACCAGCACCAGCACCUAAACCUCCUAAACCUAAGCCUGAACCAGCACCAGCACCUAAACCUAAGCCUGCACCAGCGCCAGCACCUAAACCUCCUAAACCUAAGCCUGCACCAGCACCUAAACCUAAACCUGCACCAGGACCAGCACCAGGUGGAGAAGUUGAGGACGAAACGGAGUUUAGCUACGAGAAGAAAGGAAAGAAGGGGCCAGCGAAAUGGGGAACACUAAAGGAAGAGUGGAAAAUGUGUGGAAAAGGCAAAAUGCAAUCUCCGAUUGAUCUUAGGGACAAAAAUGUCGUCGUUACUCAUAGACUUGGAUCUCUUCGUAGCCAGUAUCUGCCUUCUAACACCACCAUUAAGAACAGAGGUCAUGAUAUCAUGCUAAAGUUUAAAGGAGGAAACAAAGGUAUAGGCGUCACUGUCAAUGGCACUAGAUAUAAACUUCAACAGCUUCAUUGGCAUUCUCCUUCCGAACAUACAAUCAAUGGCAAAAGGUAUGCGCUUGAGAAACACUUGGUGCACGAGAGCGAAGAUGAACGCUACGCUGUUGUUGCUUUCUUAUACAACAUAGGAGCAUCUGACCCUUUUCUCCUUUCGUUGGACAAACAGUUGAAGAAGAUAACUGAUACACAUGAGGCCGAGGAACAUGUCGGAAUCACUGAUACUAAAAAAUUCAGUUUUGAAACAAAACAUUAUUAUAGAUAUGUCGGAUCACUUACAGCUCCUCCCUGUUCUGAAAAUGUUAUUUGGUCCGUUGCCAAAGUGAUUCGCACUGUGACAAAAAAACAAGUGAAACUUCUCCGUGUAGCUGUACACGAUGCUUCAGAUUCAAAUGCGAGGCCGCUUCAACCAAUCAAUAAGCGUGUGGUGCACUUAUACAAACCAAAAGCUAAGCUAAUGAAGAAAUACAGUAAUACAACUUAUUACUAGCUAAUCUUUAAUUCUUUGUAUAUGUACAUUAAUUAUAAAUGGUAUGUAGACCAAAAUAAUUAUAAAUUCAGAUCUUUUGUUUUGCAUGUGGCACUAGUUAUAAAAACUUCG